AACGAUGGCAGCAGCUACCUCAGAGCUACGGGUGGAUCACCUGCCUUCAGACCCGCUGCUGCACAUUUUAUCCUUCCUGGGCUUCAGGGACCUGAUCCAUUGUAGUUAUGCGAGCAGGAGGUUGAAUGAACUCUCCAAACACAACCCGCUGUGGAAAUCCCUCUGCUCCAAACACUGGCUGCUGACAGAUGCGGACCGGCUGCAGAGCGGCGUGUCCUGGUACUGUCUCUUCAAACAGUACUACAGGGACCUGGGCCGCUACAUCCAGUACUACCCGGUGCUGAAGAGAGCCUGGGAGCAGCUGAAGAGCUUCCUGCAGCAGAGGUGUCCACGCAUGAUCGCAUCGCUCAAAGAGGGCGCCACAGAGGUGGAGCUUAACGACAUCGAGGCUCAGAUUGGCUGCAGACUUCCAGACGACUACCGCUGCUCGUACCGCAUCCACAACGGACAGAAGCUGGUCAUCCCAGGGCUGAUGGGCAGCAUGUCCCUGUCCAACCACUACCGGUCGGAGGUCCUGCUGGACGUGGAGACGGCGGCCGGCGGUUUCCAGCAGAGGAAGGGGAUGAGACGCUGCCUCCCGCUCACCUUCUGCUUCCACACCGGACUCAGCCAGUACAUGGCUCUGGAGCCCGCGGAGGGACGCAGGAUGUUCGAGAGCUUCUACCCCUGCCCCGAUCAGACGGCUCAGGAUCCUUCAGCCAUCGACAUGUUCAUCACAGGUUCCUGUUUCCUGGAGUGGUUCACCACUUACGUCCACAACGUCGUCACAGGAGAAUAUCCAAUCAUCAGAGACCAGAUCUUCAGGUAUGUGCACGAUAAAGGUUGCGUGGCGACCACCGACGACAUCACCGUCUCUGUUUCUACCUCCUUCCUGCCAGAACUUUCCUCCGUCCAUCCUCCGCACUUCUUCUUCACCUACCGCAUCAGAAUAGAGAUGUCGAGCGGCGCCUCGCCUGAAGCUGCCUGUCAGCUCGACAGCCGCUACUGGAAAAUCACCACCUCCGACGGCAACGUGGAGGAAGUUCAGGGACCCGGCGUGGUCGGAGAGUUUCCGGUCAUGACGCCCGGAAAGGUCCACGAGUACUCCAGCUGCACCACCUUCUCCACCCCGUCUGAGUACAUGGAGGGGCACUACACCUUCCACAGGCUCGCCAAUAAAGAAGAAGUUUUCCACGUGGCCAUCCCCCGUUUCCACAUGGUCUGCCCCCCCUUCAGAGAGCCAGUGGUCCGAACGCAGAAAGCAUCGACCAGUUUCACGCCUCGCCUCGACGACCACGACGACGACGGCGAGUACUGCGACGGAGAUGGAGACGACUUCGGCGACCUGAGAGGAAUCAACAUGGCCGCGCUGGAGGGAGCGUGGUGCCCCCGACACAUCUGACCACUGACCCCCUCCCCCCACACACACACACACUACCGCCAACACACACACUACAGUGUUAAUGGACUGUCAGUUAUUCAGAUCUGAUUGAUGACACUAUAACCCCCCGGAUGACCUGAAUGGCUGACAGACAGCAGGGGAUUCUGGGACAGAGCCAUACAAGGGACAGGAUCACGUCGACUUCCAGCUGUCAGUCAAGACGAAUGAAACAAAAAAUGCGAAUGAGUUGCAGUUUUCUAGUUUUCUUCUUCUCGUGUUUAAACUUUUCUCAUGAUGAUAUGAAAGUGUCGGAUAAGCUCGGACAAGAAGGACGGGGCGGCGACGUCACCGCCGCCUCCUCCGCUUAAAGUGUUACCGCUGUUCUUCGUGAUGCCGCUUCAGUUUUUCUUAAUCACAGCGGGGACGAGCUGCAACUCCCAGUUUAGAGGUAGAAGAAUCAGAUUUGUACCGACUGAUGCACCAAUCAGGAGCGAGCUGGAGAUUUGUUGUUGGUUCCUCCGUCAGAAGAUUUGAGGUUCUAGAAAUAAUAAUCAUAGAGGUCUUUUCCACUGCAGGAACCUAACAGUGUGUUACACAGGUUCUUGUAUGUUACGUUUCAUAUUAAAGGGGAAACUUAGUUAGUGGCUGUAGCUUUAUAUUUCCUGCACAGUGGGACUGAUCGCUUCUUCAAAAGGUCACGUUUAGGAACAAAUGUGCAACAAGAUUCAUCAGUUUAAAAUCAGAUACGACAAAGAAAAGCACCAAGUAGAGAAAACGAUGAUUCAAUUAUCUGAAGAGCUGCAGAUUCAUUUUCUGUUGAUCCACUAAUGGUUUCAGUUCAGGUCAUAGAACCGUGUCUCUGUUGUCGAGUGCCUCACCUGGGCCGCAGCGGCAGGUGAGGCCUCGGGUGAGUUGUGGCUCUUCUGUCCGUCUCUGUUUGUAUUGAUGAGCUGCGUUUACUGACCAGUAGGUGAAGCUGCAGCGCCCUCUGCAGGACCACGGGGCAAACUACUUGAGACACUACAGUUGGUUAGUGAAGCUUUGCGCACAUUGACAACAGAUCACACACAGUAAUUAACACAGUAUCAGAUAUUAUUAGACAUAUAAGCUAGUUUUCUUUUUUCUCACGCAGCUUCACAUGAAAGGUGACAGCUGUUCUGCUGUUUGCAGAGAGUGAGGACACCGUCAUGAGACGGACGACAGAUGAAGAUGAUGGUUUUAUCCACUGAGACAGGGACAAAAUGUCCAGCUUCACUUUUCAAGACUUGAUUUUCUAACUGAAAUCUCUCUCCAGCGUCAGUCCACACAGUCAGACACACCUCAUUCAUGAAGGUUAUUUUGGCCGUGGGUUGUACAUGAUCUUCACCUUCUGCGUGUUUUUUGAGUAAGAAAAUCAUUUAAUCCAUUAUUUAAUUAAGCUGAUGCCUGGCUGCAGCCUCGUGCAGGUGGAUG